UACACAAUGAUUUUAAAUAAUAAUAAAAAAACAAAACUCAAGAGCCAAGAGGUCAGAAGUGACAUGUGUACCUGCCCUGCACUGCACUACAAACUACAAACCUGAGAAACAGCACCACCCUUCCUUCCUUCCUUCGAGAAAAGAAAUGGAAGACGUGAUAACAGAAGCAGCACCCCCAUCAAGGUUCCUGGAAGAAGACCUAAACAUCUUCACACCCCCAUCCCCACCUCUCCCCACACCCUUCCUCAUCUUCCCACACAACAAACUACCCCUCAAACCCUCUCUUCUCAUCAUCGCCCUCUCCCCCUCCUCCCUCGCCCUCUUCAACCAAACCCUAACCCUAACCCUAACCCCUCUCGCCUCCCUCAUCCUCCCAGAACUCCCCCUCUCCCUCCCCGACCACAACGCUUCCAUCCUCCCCCUCUCCCCCGACACCCUCCUCGCCGUCGUGCCAUUCCCCGUCCCUCCCCACCGCGCCCACGCCGUCGCCCGCACCCUCCUCUCGAUCCGGCCCUACUCCGUCCUCGUCCUCGACUCCCUCGACCCCACCAACUUCCGCGGCAAGCUCUCCUCCGACGAGGCCGUGGCGUUCAAGCUCGAGACCUCCGCCGAGAGAAAAAUGACCUCCUCCGAGAAGCUCUUGGGGGAAGAAUUGGAUUACUACCCUUCCGGGAGCGUUGUGGACGGGCUGGGUGCCGCGAUCCUCGCGCGGUGCCAGGUGAUGAACGUUAGGGCGAGCUUGUGCUUCUCGUGGCCUCGGUUUGAUAUGUCUGUGGUGGCGUUGAUUAAGGGCUUGCUUCGGCGGGGCGUGCUUCGGGGGUUCGAGUUUGGUUUGAGUGAUGACGGGGUUUUGAAAAUUGGGAAGGGUAGGGAUAGGGUUUUGCAUUCUGAGUUGUAUAUUUGAUUUACAGUGUAAUUUUGGAUAAUAUGAAUGUUUUGAUGCAUGGGGACUAGUUCGGUAUAUGAAUUAGUCGCAAACACAGAUUUUAGAAUUUAAACAUUAUGACUGAAGUAAUUGAUUUUUGAAGUUUACCAAAGGGGAUUGUUGGUUUUUGGUUUUUCUUUGAUUUAUAGCUUUGAUUAUUUAUUUUAGACAUGGCCAUGGAUUGGAUGCACAUUUGUACUAGUACAAAGCUUAGAUGCUGUGUUUUUUGUGAUUUU